AUGGAUAAGAUCAGAACUCCAAGCCUGUUCCCCCAGAGAAAAAAGCAGAAAGGGAUGCAUCCUUCAAUUUCUCUCAGCAGUUGUGAAGUAAAGUUCAGUGAAUUAGUAAUUUUUAUUAUGGAGAGGAAAAUGGGGGUGACUAGAAGGACAUUCCUGAUGGAGCUGGCAAGAAGAAAAGGUUUCAGGGUAGAAAAUGAGUUAAGUGAUUCUGUCACUCACAUUGUGGCAGAGAACAAUUCUGGUGCUGAAGUUCUGGAAUGGCUGAGAGGACACAAGAUGAGGGACAGUUCAAGGUUCGAACUCCUUGAUAUCUCUUGGUUCACGGCUUGCAUGGAAGCUGGAAAACCAGUGGAUUCAGAGAAAAAACAUCGACUCAUGGUGCAACAAGCUUAUCCUGCUACUUCAGAUACACCUGAAUCAGAAGCUUCAUCAUUUGUUGCAGGCACAGUCUCCCAGUAUGCAUGUCAAAGGAGGACCACCUUAAAUAACUGCAACAAAAAGUUCACGGAUGCUUUUGAGAUACUGGUUGAAAAUUAUGAGUUCAGAGAAAAUGAAGUACCUUGCCUUGCCUUUAUGAGAGCAGCCUCUGUGCUGAAAUUCCUUCCAUUUACUAUAGUCAGAAUGGAAGAUCUAGAAGGACUGCCCUGCAUGGGACGUGAAAUCAGAAAUGUCAUUGAGGAGAUUAUUGAAGAAGGAGAGAGUUCUAGAGCUAAAGACGUGUUAACUGAUGAACGAUACCAAUCAUUUAAACUAUUUAUUUCUGUCUUUGGAGUGGGAUUGAAGACAUCAGAAAAAUGGUACAGAAUGGGUUUUCGGACGCUGGAAGAAGUAAAAGCUGACAAGACCCUGAAGCUAUCAAGGAUGCAGAAAGCAGGGUUUCUCUACUAUGAAGACCUCCUUAGCCAUGUAUCUAAGGCAGAAGCAGAUGCAGUAAGCUUGAUUGUUAAAGAUGCUGUACGGACAUUUUUACCAGAUGCUUUAGUGACCAUAACCGGUGGUUUCAGAAGGGGUAAGAAGAUUGGACAUGAUGUCGAUUUUCUGAUCAGCAGUCCGGGGCUAGGACAAGAAGAAGAAGUUUUACAUAAAGUGAUUGACUUAUGGAAAAAGCAGGGCUUGCUUUUAUACUAUGAUCUCAUUGAAUCAACAUUUGAGCAGGCAAAACUACCAAGCAGAAAAGUUGAUGCUUUUGAUCACUUCCAGAAAUGCUUUGCAAUUUUAAAAUUACAUCAGCAAAGAGUGGACACCAGCAGUUGUGAUGCAUCAAAAGAAUCUGAUAAGGCAGAAGUCAAAGACUGGAAGGCAAUCCGUGUAGAUCUGGUUGUAAGCCCCUUUGAACAAUAUGCAUAUGCUCUGUUAGGUUGGACUGGCUCCAGGCAGUUUGAGCGUGACCUACGAAGAUAUGCCACUCAUGAAAGGAAGAUGAUGUUGGAUAACCAUGCCUUAUAUGAUAAGACAAAGAGGAUAUUUCUCAAAGCCAAAAGCGAGGAAGAAAUUUUUGCACAUCUUGGCUUGGAUUACCUUGAACCAUGGGAAAGGAAUGCGUAA